UUAUGAUUGAUAAGAUAGUGAGAGAAUUCUACGUUUAGAUUUUGCAUCUCAUUAUAAUAAUAUCAAAAAAUAAACAAAAAAAAAUGGAGGCAGCCAUGUUACCCAUUGAAAGGACUUCAUCAAUUGAAAGAGAGCCCAGAACUCUCACAAUCGACCAAAUUCAAUCCGCAAGAGAUUUAGCAAUAUAUAUAUUGAAGACAAAGACCAUAGAAGAAGCGUCCAGAAUUUUCACCGAGGGGUUGCAGCCAGUGGUUAGUGCUGCUUGCCGCAUGGGAUCCAAUACAAGGAUGGAUAUGGAUUCGGGUGAAGAACUGGAACUCUUGAACUUGAAAGAUGCAGCACGAGAAGCACCCUUAAGGGACAUAGCAUCUGCACCUUUCUAGCUAGACGAAUUGAAUAACUCAAUUGGU